AAUGGUGGAAAAAAUAAUAAGGGCCAGAUAAAUAAUGGAAUUAGUGAGAAAUUAUGCAAUAUUGGCAAGGUGAUACAUUCGUUGUUGCUCCACCUGUACUUCCUACCCUUUCCGUAAGUUUCUCCACCGGCAGCGUCUGUCAGGAUGAGUUCUUCCGUGGCAUCAUUCACGGCCAAUCAUCAUGUUAUGCUGCCUUCCUGCGCCGAUGCGGUUCGGCUUUCAGGAGCUAAUAGCUCCGGCGGACGGAGAGUUAAGUUAAGACUAAAUCUUCCUCGAGCAGCUCAGGUGGAGGCGAGGCCUCAACUAGUACCAGCAAUUAGAGAUGUAGCCGGGAACAGUAAUGUUACUGGGCGAACCCUUCAAGUUGGUCCAUCUAGCAGAGAUCGAGCCGACGAUAUGCAAUCUGAAGCCAGAGCUAUGACACGUGCUGUGGAUGCUUCUGUUUAUAGCCCUGAUAUGUUAUCCAGCAAGUAUGGCACUCGCCCAAUUAAGGUACUGAGAAGAGCUCUUCAAAUAUUCAAUGGACUUGGUUCAUUCGCCCUAAAAGUAUGGCUUGACCAGUUGAACGGGGAGCUUGAUCGGAAAAUGAGAUUGCGUGCCAUUGAACUUAGGCAGACUUUCACCAGAUUGGGGCCUACAUUUGUUAAAAUUGGUCAGGGUUUAUCCACUAGGCCUGAUUUAUGCCCACCCGAGUACCUUGAGGAGCUCUCGGAGCUGCAGGAUGCUUUGCCAACAUUUCCAGAUGCACAAGCAUUUUCAUGCAUUGAGAGAGAGUUGGGUCGUCCGCUUGAAACUAUCUACUCAUCUAUAUCUCCAUCGCCUAUUGCUGCAGCCAGUCUUGGUCAAGUUUAUAAAGCUCAACUGAAGUACUCGGGCCAGGUCGUUGCUGUGAAGGUGCAACGGCCAGGUAUUGAAGAAGCAAUAGGAUUAGACUUCUACCUAAUAAGGGGAGUAGGCAUACUGAUUAAUAAAUAUGUUGACAUAAUUUCGAGUGACAUUGUUGCUCUUAUUGAUGAAUUUGCUCGCAGAGUUUAUCAAGAGCUCAACUAUGUACAGGAAGGGCAGAAUGCAAGGAGAUUUAAAAAGUUGUACGCUGACAAAGAAGAUGUUCUUGUUCCCGAUAUUUUUUGGGACUACACAAGUGGGAAGGUAUUAACGAUGGAGUGGGUUGAAGGUGUCAAGUUGAACGAGCAAGAAGCUAUUGAGAGGCAAGGGCUAAAGGUUUUGGAUCUGGUAAAUACGGGCAUCCAAUGCAGUCUCAGACAGCUGCUUGAGUAUGGUUAUUUUCAUGCUGAUCCUCAUCCUGGGAACCUUUUGGCGACACCUGAGGGAAAGCUUGCUUUUCUUGAUUUUGGGAUGAUGAGUGAAACUCCUGAAGAAGCAAGAUUUGCUAUUAUUGGUCAUGUUGUUCACAUGGUCAAUCGGGAUUAUGAAGCGAUGGCUCGUGACUACUAUGCUUUAGACUUUUUGUCUCCCAAUGUGGAUGUUUCUCCAAUUGUACCAGCAUUACGAGACUUCUUCGAUGAUGCACUUAAUUCAACAGUAAGCGAACUUAACUUCAAAACACUUGUAGAUGGUCUGGGUGCUGUGUUAUAUCAAUAUCCCUUUAAUGUUCCGGCUUAUUACGCAUUGAUUUUGAGAUCUCUCACUGUUUUAGAAGGUUUAGCAUUAUAUGCUGAUCCUAAGUUUAAAGUACUGGCUGCUUCAUAUCCAUAUUUUGCUAAAAGGCUUCUUACAGAUCCUAAUCCAUAUCUGAGAGAUGCUCUCAUUGAGUUACUUUUCAAGGAUGGGAAAUUCAGGUGGAGUAGACUUGAAAACUUGCUUGUCCAGGGAAAGAAAGACAGGGACUUUUCUGCAAAAGAUGCGUUGCAACCUGUCCUGAAGUUGUUGUUGGGUCCAGAUGGUAAAGAAUUAAGGGAUUUGGUUAUCAAAGAAGCAAUCCGUGUCAGUGAAGCUAUUAUUCUGGGUUCAGCUAUUGAAUCAUUUAAUUCUGUUCCUGGUCCCAUGAGGACUUUUGUUUUCAAUGGAAAUGCAAGUGGUCCCUUUACAAUAAGUGCUGCUGAGCAACAGAGCUUAAUGGAACUUAGGGCACAGGUGAUCAAGAUAUGGGGACUAUUGCAAUCCUCAGAGAAUUUUGAUCCGAAUCUUUUGCAACCAAUUUUGCAGGUACUUCAAGAACCAGAAGCACGCAGUAUUGGAGGGCGCGUAGUUGGUGGAAUAUCUCAACGUCUUGCAGCGCGCUUACUGCAACAAGUUCUUCGUGCACCUGAAACAACUGCUGCUGCAUAAUUGUGUCCUGAACUUUAAUAUAAUGUAACUGUCCAUAAACAUAUUUUAACCUGUCAAAGGAAGGUCAUAUAGAAAAUAAAUCACAUCAGAUGCAACAA